GCUUCGACAACUUUGAUCGGAAAAAUGAUGCGCGACUUCACUCAAGCGGAAAUCGAGGAAGAAGAGAGAUAUUUCCACAAUGUAAUGGAAACCUUCCGCCAGUACGCGGCGUACCAGCUUGCAGCCAACAAUCGACGCAGAAAGGACCUCUAUACCCUUCCCUUGCCAGAUCAAGAGUUGCUUGACGGGCUGGGCUAUAAAUCGAAGCUCGAUGAAGUGGAUAAGGCCAUCAUGGCGAACGCAGAGUUCCUGGUGGGCGUCAUCCAGGAUCCGGAAAUAUUUGCGCAGCCGGACGACGAUGGGGGAGAGGGGGACGAACACGAGUCAACUUCAGGAAGCCACCCUGAAUUCACGCACACCCACUCGCAUGAUGGUCCACACCAUGGCCACACCCAUUCCCAUUCUCAUGGUCCCCCACUGAACCUGAGCUCUGGCUCUGGAACAGCUUCAGGCUCUCAGAAGGCGAGACGGUACCGCCCUACCGACAACGACAUGGAUAAACUGCGAAGCACUCUGAAGCAGUUUGUACGCGACUGGAGUGAAGAGGGGAAAGCUGAACGGCACGCAUGUUACAAACCGAUGCAGGAUGCCUUACAAGCGCACUUCGCCCACGUCCCGCUGGAAGAAAGGCGAUCCGUGCGUGUCCUUGUACCUGGUGCGGGCAUGGGCAGACUAGCCUGGGAUAUCGCGAAAUCAGGCUUCAGAUGUCAAGCGAACGAAUUCUCCCAUUACAUGUUACUUUCUUCGCAUUUCAUAUUAAACAGGACGACAGAGGUAGAACAGCAUAAAAUCUAUCCUUAUGUCCACAGCUUCUCCAAUCUUCGAAGCCGGUCAUCCCUUCUUCGACCAGUGCUCAUUCCUGACGUUUUACCAUCGUCCCUACCGCCUAACUCAGAUUUCUCGAUGGUUGCUGGCGAUUUUGAAGAGGUUUACGGAAGUGAAGAGGAGCCUCAGAGCGAGCAGUGGGAUGCAGUCCUAACAUGUUUCUUCAUCGAUACUGCCAAGAAUAUCGUGAACUAUCUUCGGAUCCUGCAUAAAAUCCUCGCCCCGGGAGGCGUGUGGAUCAACCUCGGACCAUUACUGUGGCACUUCGAGAAUAACACUACGAACGACCCUUCCGUAGAGCUCGACCUUGAAGACGUCAAGGAGCUCGCUCGAAAGAUAGGGUUCGAGCUUCAUAAUGAGAAGACGAUCGAGACUACAUACGUUCACAACAAAGAGAGUAUGUUGGGAUAUGCGUAUCAGGCGGCAUUUUGGUGUGCUACGAAGAAGGUCUGAUGGGUCGGCCUGGUUCUUGCUUCUGCGUUAUGUAGUGUAGAGUAUCAGCAGUCGUGAGCAUGAACUGCUGCCGAUGCCAAGGAAGCCCGGGCAAACACUUGACUUAGUCAUCACAGAUCGACCAGGUUUGUGACUCGACCGGUAGGCUAUAAAAGGG